UCAAAUGAGGCCCAAAUUAAGCCCAUGAAGCCCAACAUUGCCCAGAUCCACUAAUCAUGUCUCUAUCACAAUGCCAAUAUUCCAAAAUUGUAACAAAAAAUCUCUCAAAAAAUCAGCUUCAAUCUCCGAUCUUCUACAAAGUCGGCCAUCGGCCACCUCGCCACUGUAUAUAACUCUCAAACCCAGUUCAUUUCACUUUUUCAAUCUUCGAUUUCUCCCUCACAAAUUCCCAGCUCAAAGAAAAUCAUAGUAGCGUUUUUACACGCAUAAAUUCACCGGAAAUGGAGGCCCUCUCCACCACAACCGCCGCCGCCGCCGCAGUAACGCUACCGAUGUUCUCCCCUGAUAAAUUCAGAGACCCUUCUUCCCGGAGACUUGUGCGCUUCUCCACCUCCGCCAAAAGUGAUAGAAAUAGCCGUAACGGUAACGGCGAGCCCGAUCUCAAGCCCGAUUCUUCCGCCUCCGGACUCGUUCCGAUCCUGAGUAAUCACACGCUUUCAAAGGAUGCGGCGAUGGGGCUGGUUCUGAGCGCGGCCAAUGUGAGGGGAUGGACAACCGGGUCGGGUAUGGAAGGCCCAUCAUCGCCGACCGGGUCGGGCCACAAUUCCGGCAUGGAGCGUGUCUCCACUUUCCCAUGGUCACUCUUCACGAAAUCGCCGCGGCGCCGGAUGCGCGUGGCAUUCACGUGCAACGUCUGUGGCCAGCGCACCACACGGGCGAUCAACCCACAUGCCUAUACCGACGGCACCGUCUUUGUUCAGUGUUGCGGAUGCAAUGUAUUCCAUAAGCUGGUGGACAAUUUGAAUCUGUUCCACGAGAUGAAGUGCUACGUUGAUCCGAGCUUCAAUCCGAACCCUAUUGAUGGUAUGAGCUUCAAGUUUUUGGACAUGGACGAGGGCAAGGAUGAUGAUAUCUUUCCGCUCAUAUGAGAGGUGACUUGUAUUCUCAACUUCUAGUGUACAUUCUAUUGAUCUUAUAGGACUAUAUAACUUAGUGGUUGUAGAUGUGAUCUUGGUGUUGGUAGAAUAAAUAUUGCAUAUAUGUGUAAAGAUUAGCGUUUGAUAUAUAUAUAUGAAUAUACAAUGGUUUCUCUCCAA